UUGGCGAAUAUCAUUCAUUGAUUUAAGCUGUUGUUGAUCGGCAACAUUUCCUGUGUUGUACGUGAGUCACCAUUAAAUCAUCUAAUAAUUGUUUGUCAUUCAACUCCAGAAAGAUGUGUGGCAGGAAGAUGUGUGGCUGUGUGACCAAGUAGGCGGCUAUGUUGUAAUCGUACGGGCUUGAGUGUGACAAGUGUUGGACUGGUACAGGGUUAAUAAUUAUCAAGUGUAUGGAGUGAACUAACUGUACAUAUCUCUGGUGUUACGUCAAUCAAAGAACGAAAACAUUUUCAACAGAAUUAAUUGACAAAGUAUUUUUGUCUUUCAAAAAUUGUUUAUUGUAUGGAAGUGUUUAAACAUUUUCUAUAAAAAACCAAGAUUAUAUAUCAAUCCGAUUGUGAAGAUCGUUGAUGCCUCAUUAUGGGGCUUUCGAGUGCAACAGUUACUUUGCUUGUGGCGUUGUCAGCAGGGCUGUACAUUUACGGGCCUGACAGGAUUCUAGAAAUGGUAGUAAACUUUCAGCCUACGCUGAUGGGGGUGACGAAGGCCCUGCUUGGAAUGGCAGGGGUGACGGCAAUGGCCGCCACCCUCUGUAACGUUCCUGUGUCAUGGUUCAUGUCAUCAGAGAGAGCCACGCUGAAUUACUUAGAAAAUGCCAGGGUACAAACUUUGGAUUCUCAGCCGAAGAACAUCACAGCUUCAGAGUUAUGGAAAAAGAACGGAGUGGUCAUGAUGGCGGUCAGACGGCCUGGAUGAUCCAUGUGCAGGGAGGAAGCCCUCGGGCUGUCCUCCUUGCUGAAUGACCUUGACACUCAUGGAGUGAAGUUGUAUGGUGUUGUACAUCAAACUCUGGGUGUAGAGGAUUUCCAGCCAUUUUUCAAAGGCCAAAUAUUCUUAGAUACGGAGAAAAUGUUUUACGGUCCAAAGCAAAGAUGGAUGCCGUUGUUUGGUUUAUUUCGUGUGAAUGUGAUACAGAAUAUCAUUCGAGUCUAUAGAAAGAAAAUUCCAGGGAACAUGGAAGGCGAGGGACGAUUAAUGGGAGGUGUGUUUGUGAUCGGGCCAGGUGACCAGGGCAUCCUCUACCAGCAUCAGGAGAAAGAGUUUGGAGAUCAUGCCAAUCUUGAAGAGGUUUUAUCGGCAGUCCGAAAGAUCAAAGUCCCACAAUCGAAUCUAUAGACUCCUUCAGAAAUAACCUUAAAUUUUGUAUUGAGGUAGAUUUAUUAUUUUACAAAUUAUAUGUGAUUCAUCCAGCACAGGCCCCUAAUGUGUUUCCAUUAUUUGUCAUUUACAUUUAGACUAUUAAUAGUGAAAUAUUUCUACCAACCGAUCAAAUACAAGAGAAAAUACUGCCAUUACUAUUUACAUUCACAGGGAUUUGGACCGAAUUUCCAACUCAUGGUCUAUAUACACAUGUAUAUGUAGGAUAUAUUUGGACUGUAGGUUGGAAAUUCAUGCCAAGUUCCUGUGCCAGGGCAGGAUUUGAAAGCUUUAAUAGAGAACAAGGUAAAAUCUGCCUAAAAAGAAUACGAGAAAAAGAAAUGAACCCUUAAUUGGCUAGCAAAGAUGCUGGGUUAUCUACCAACACAUUAAAUAUGUCUGGUUUUUGUGUGAGUUUUUCCGUUUUGUUGAGUUCGCUUGCUGCUUUACAUUGAUCAUACGACUCAUUCCUACACUGCCGGUUGUGUCCAACAUGAUAUUAUCUUUCCUGGUUUCAUUCUAUAGAUUGUGUUUGGUACCAACUUUUUGUGCAUACCCCAUAAAACCAAAUGAUUGUCCAGAUUUUUUGUAGCCAUUUUCGUGGUUGUUUAUACACCAUAACUUUACAUUAUGUAUAUCAUAAAUCUGUCUAGACCAGAUUCCCAUUAUGUAGUAUUAUGUAGUAUCAUAAAUUGGUCUAGAUCAGAUCCACAUUAUGUAGUAUUAUGUAUAUUAUAAAUCGGUCUAGACCAGAUUCCCAUUAUGUAGUAUUAUGUAUAUUAUAAAUCUGUCUAGACCAGAUUCACAUUAUGUAGUAUUAUGUAGUAUUAAGUAUAUUAUAAAUCUGUCUAGACCAAACCACGAAUCAUCUGAAAAUAUUUUUCUUAGAAUGAUAUUCAUCACUUUGGUAUGAGUAUGAUUUGGAAAGAUGUUUAUCUUUAACAAAACAAACAAUGAAAACUGUGUUCGUGGGCUUUAGAAAAUGUUUGUUAGAUCCUAGAUCCUUCGUCAAGCAAAGAGUGCGAUGAGAGUUGGUUUAACACCUGUUCACUAUACAGUGAUGGAAUGAACCCAGUGUGAGUGAUGUUAGAACAAGGGUCAUCAACAUAACAUGUUUACGGUUUUAAUUUAUUUAUAUAUAUGUAAAUUUUAGUCAACAAAGGAAGUUAAAGUGAUAAUUGUUUUGUUUAAGGUCCAUCGUCAGCUGGUACAGCCAAACAAAAAAUGCGACAUGCUCUUGCAUACGGAGAUCCAUCAAACAGUCGGAUAAAAUAACAAGUGUAAAUUGUUGAAUGAAUUGGUUGUCAACUGGAGCAAGUUGUCUGUGAAAAAACUCUUACAAUUCUGAACAGAAUUUUCAUUGAUGUGACAGGGACCACAAUAGCUCAGUCGGUUAAAGCACCAGUCACGUAACCUCAGGUGAAGAUCCGAGGUGGGUGGUUCGACGCUCCCUAUCCGUGUCAGUUUGUGUUUCAUGGGAAGCUGAGAAACAGGUCAGUCUGUGUUGUUGUGGUUGUGUCCUUAGGCAAGACACUGUACUUUUCUUGCUCCGGAUGGUAUGCGACUGGCCUCCUGUAUGUUGUUAAUUGAGGUAGUCACCAACUACUACAAGAAGCUCCCCCCCCCCCCCCCCCCCCCCCCCCUCAAAAUGACUCUGGCUGUUUACGGGGAGAUAAACACAGCAAAAAAAAAAAAAAAAAUCAUUUAUAUGACAUCUUAAUUUAGCAGUGAGGUAGUCACCAACUACUACAAGAAUCUCCUGCCUCCAAAUGAAUUUGGCUGUUCAUGGGGAGAUAAACCCAGCAAAAAAAAUCAUUUACAUGUAUAUGACAUCUUAAUUUAAACCUGUUGAACAUCCGUUCAGUUGUUAAUGUACGUGAUCACACCAAGGGAAAAUCGUGCUGGUGAAAGAUCUUUGUCACUGUUGAUUUUAACAAAUAUAAUCUUAAUAUGUCUCAAUAUUUAAUGUCCCAAAUAAGGAUGAAAUUUGUUACUUAAAAUAGAAUAGUUGUAUCCGCUGUCUAAAACCAAUUGGAGCAUAAGUGUUGAUAUGUUUUCGUGAAAUCCUAUCAUAUUGCAUUUGUAUAUACAUGUAAACUUCCUUUACAAUGUAAUUGUGUAAGUCAUUAAAUGAAAUAUUUUCCUGCGUUGAACUAAACCGUCAGGCUUCAUGAAAUCUUACACUGAAAUCUGAUAGUGUUGGAUGGAGAACCUCGCCUGAUGUUUAUCUCAAUGCUUGAAAAUAUUCUUUUAUUUUGAAUUGAAUGAAAAGGAUUGUUGCUUGAAAGAUAAAGAGAGGUUUGAAUGCUUGUGAUAUUUAUAAAUGUAAAAAAAAAUAAAUAAAGAUAGUCUUGUU